AUGGCGUUUCUUUUCAAGUCCAAGAAGCACCAGGACCGUACGACUACCAGUCGCGACGGCAGCUCAGGCUCUCAGGGGUCCAUCCAGAAUGCCCCGGGGCGCGCAGUCGCCAGAGACGACAAGAACACAGCAUUGCAGCGCGCGACGCCAACGGGAAGCCUGCAUUCUAUCGACAACGACACCAAUACCUCUAGCCCAGAUCAGGGCCAAGUCCAAGGCCACGGCCGCCGCACAGGAAGCGUUGAUACGUCCCAGCCCAGUGAUUUGCCUUUUCGAAACCAACCGCCCGUGAGCAACAAUUCCAACGCCUCGCUCUAUCCGUGGUCGCAGCGGCGCUUGACGUACACUUCGUCGCAUCCCAGUCCAUUUCCUCGAUAUGGCGCCGCCGUCAACUCGGUCGCCUCCAAGGAGGGAGACGUUUAUCUGAUGGGUGGUCUGAUCAACUCCUCGACUGUAAAGGGUGACCUUUGGAUGAUCGAGGCCGGUGGUAGCAUGACAUGUUACCCACUGGCGACAACCGCCGAGGGCCCGGGGCCUCGCGUUGGCCAUGCUAGUCUGCUAGUCGGCAAUGCAUUCAUCGUUUAUGGCGGAGACACCAAGAUUGAUGAUAAUGACAUCUUAGAUGAGACGCUAUAUCUACUUAAUACUUCAACACGGCACUGGUCCCGCGCCCUGCCCGCAGGGCCUCGUCCAUCGGGACGAUAUGGUCACUCGCUUAACAUUCUUGGCUCCAAGAUAUUCAUCUUUGGUGGUCAAGUCGAGGGCUUCUUUAUGAACGAUCUCUCUGCGUUUGAUCUCAACCAACUGCAGUCGCCGACCAAUCGAUGGGAAAUUCUUCUUAAGGCAGAAGCGAGCCCCAAGAUGCCCGCCGCGCGAACGAACCAUUCCAUGGUGACAUUUAACGAUAAGAUGUAUCUGUUUGGUGGCACGAAUGGUUUCCAAUGGUUCAACGACGUCUGGUGUUACGAUCCCGCAGUCAACAAGUGGUCGCAGUUAGAUUGCAUUGGCUACAUUCCCGCUCCUCGAGAAGGUCACGCUGCUGCCCUGGUGGACGAUGUUAUGUAUAUUUUCGGAGGAAGGACUGAUGAAGGCACUGAUUUGGGAGACCUUGCAGCGUUCCGUAUCACGCAACGGAGGUGGUAUACUUUCCAGAAUAUGGGUCCCUCUCCCUCGGCUCGAUCUGGACACAGCAUGACCACAGUUGGAAAAUCCAUUGUUGUGCUUGGCGGAGAACCUAGCACUGCUUCUUCGUCUACUAACGAUCUUGGCAUUCUCUACGUAUUGGACACGACUAAGAUUCGAUAUCCCAACGAUGCUCCAGGAGGGCCCCAGAGAAUACCCCAAGCGCGACGGCCAAGCGAUGCAUCGAAUCCCAACAGACAGCCCCCGAUGCGCGAUGGAUCCAACGGAGGAGGCCCUCCCGAACCUGGAAACAUGAUUGUCGGUGGCCCAUCCAGCAUCAACAACGAACCAGCUACCCGGAGAAUUGUUUCCAAUGGCAUGGAACCAACUGGCUCACCAGGCCUUGGAGGGCCAGGAGGUCCAGGAAACAAAAUGCAGAUGCCUAGAGCUGCCGCAACUGCCAGCCCCUCCGGACCGCCUCCGCAAGGCCCAACCCCUGCUAAACCGGGUCCUGAUCCGUCUGCCGUGGGACGUGUCCGAGGUGCGUCAGUUGAUCGGGCGCCGACGGGCUCACCCCAGCUGGCUUCUGCCCCGUCGCCAAUAACCCGCGAAAUAAUACCUGAGGACGAUGCACCUGCACCUACCUCUGCACCCAUGUCUGCAGCAGGCAACCCUGUUAACGGACGACGAACACCUACUACGCCUACGCAAGUUUCAAGGACAGGAUCUAAACAAGGUUCGAUCGAUAGCAUGGCAGAAGGAGUGCAGAGGGCCACGCCAGAGGGUAUGCAGAGAGCUACACCUGACGGAAUGCAGAGGCCUGCACCAGAUGGGAUGCAGCGAGGUCCUCCCGAGGGAAUGCAGAGAGGACCCCCCGAGGGAAUGCAGCGAGGACCCCCUGAAGGGAUGCAGCGAGGACCCCCUGAGGGCAUGCAGAGACCUGCGCCAACUCGACCGGCAUCACCGCCGCAUACAGCCAAGCCGAUGAGCGCCAACCUCAACCGACGUUCAUCUGGCCGAAACUCGCAGACUGUUGCUCUUCUCAAGGAGCUUGACAAUGCUCGAAAUCGGAAUGCGUGGUAUGCAUCGGAACUCGAGUUGGCCAGGAAAGGUGGCUAUGUUCCCAAUGCUUCCAUGGGGCCUGCACUGGAUGGAAAAGCUGUCGAGUCCUUCGACGACGAAGACAGACCACUGAUCGAGGCUCUUUUGGCUAUGCGCACAGAAUUAGCAAACGUUCAAAAUGCCGUGGACAAGCAAGCUAUUGUUGCUGCUAAGCAGAUAGCGGAGGCAGAAAGGCAACGAGAUGUCGCCAUUCAGGAAGCCGUUUAUGCCAAAGCUAAGCUGGCUGCUCAGAGUGGCGGAAGUGUAUCAAGUACCCCUCAGCCUGAAGGUGGAGAGGAUUUUGCUGCUCGAUCGGCAGAUAUGAGCAAGAAGCUCGCAUCUGCCCUCAACCACCAAAAGAGUCUUCAGACACAGUUGGAGGCGGCGAAAUCCGAGCUUGAUGCCGAGAAGAGGGCCCACAAGCUUGCCGAUGACACAACAUCGGCCGCCCAGAAGCGUAUGGCCGAUUUGGAGGCUUACAAACAGCAAAACUCUGGGGAAGUCGAGCGUCUGAAGGCAGAACUUCACUUCUCUCAGCGUGAAGCCCGGGAGCAAGCAGUGGCCGCCGCUGAGGCUGUGGCUGCUCUGGAACUGCUGAGAGUUGAAAAGGAGACUAUUUCAAGGAAGCUUGACGAAGUUGCCGAUUCAUCAAAUGGCCGAGAAGAGACAUUUGAGUCUCUCAGGGCCGCUAUUGAAGCGUCGCAGGAUGCGAGUGCCCACCUUGAGACAAAACUUGAAGAAGAGAGAGCCCAAAGGGAGAAGGUCGAAGGGAAGUUGACUAAACUCAAAGCUGAACACGAAGCGCGCACAGCAGAAUUAGUUGCUGUGACCCAACGUCUACGGGACGCUGAAGAGCUUGCCGAGAAGCACGCCACUGAAGCACGCACACAUCGGGAAGCUGUCCUUUCAGGACUUUCCAAGCUCACUGCGAAGGACGAUUCAGCUGCGCAUAAUGGAGAUGCUGAACGUGCCGUUGCACUCCAAAACCAGCUCACUGCUGCGAACGCUUUAGUUAAGAAAUACCAGCAAGAAGCAGACAUAGCUGCCGAUAGGCUGCGUAGUGCGGAGGAGCGCAUUGCUGGGCUGGAGCAGUACCAGGAGCAGUCCAGCCGUGAAGGCGUUGGUAUUCGACGACAGCUCCAAUCUGCCUUGAGGGAAAACCAGGGCCUACAGGCUGCUCAUUCGGAUAUCAAGAACCAGCUGGCGGCUCAGCAGCUUGAAACAAACGCCAUGACUGUGCAGCACAACGCACUCAAGGAUAUUCUUGUUGAACGAGGCAUUAGCCCCACUGGUUCCGCCAGAACUCGUGGCCUCACGAGCCCACGGACAACUUCUCCCGAGCAGCAAAAUCGCCUGCGCGAGCUUGAGGCUCAGCUGGCCAGCAUUAGUGCCGCCCACGAAGAGACUAAGCAGACAUUCGCCAUCCAAGCCCAAGACUCUGAAACUGCGUACCGCGAGAAGCUGUCCCAGCUUGAGAGCGAUUAUCAGUCAGCGGUGCAUUAUGUCAAGGGAACAGAGAAGAUGUUGAAACAGCUUCAGGAGCAACUGGCACGCUAUAAGACAGAGAAUGGCCGGUUGAAGUCCGAAGUUGUUGAGCUGGAGGAUAGACUGCAAGCUGGCCCCAAUGAGUCUGGUUCCGCUGGGUGGGAGAACGAGCGUGCCGCCUUGCAGACCAAGAUAUCUGGCUUGGAAGCUGAGCUCCAUGAUUCUGCUGCACAGCUAGAGAAGAGCCUUGAGGGUCUUAAAGCCGAGUUGGCAAAUAGCCAGCACGAAUGCGACGAAGCCCGCAAAUCUCUUAGCACCCAACGAAAGGAACUUGAGCAGUUGCAAUCCGAGAAUGCCCUUCUCGAGCAGCGAGCGUCCGAUGCUGAACAAAAGGUUUCACUGCUUCUUGAUCAAGUCGAGCACUCUGUCGAUACCUACCGUCGUCGCAGCCGGCAUGUUGUCAGCAUGAACGCCGAUGCGAUGGCGGCGGCGAAUGGCAUGGGUCUCGGUAGCCUCGGCACCCUCGCUCUCGGUCACAGCCGCAACGAAAGCUCUGAGGGUGAGAGUAUCUAUGGAGAUAGCAACCUGGGAAACCGAAACAGCGCUGCGCUUGACAAUCUGGCUACCGAGCUGGAGACUCUUCGAAACCACUGGGAGACGACAAACAAGAACUACCGUCUGAGUACCAACUUUGAUUUCGAGUCCGCCAACGCCUCUAAGAAAGAGGACGAUACCCCUAUCGGCAUGGGGAUGAGUGGCAACCUUGCGGAUUGGAGGAAGCGACUUGAUACGGAAAAUCACUCCGACGCAGGAGAACCCAAGCAAGGCUAA